CAGAAACUCGCGCACCCGACACCGAUGGAAUUCCUCAGUAAAGUACUCCGUCUGGCACUGGCAGUUGGCAUCGUUUCAUCUUUGGUGAGCCCUUCGGAUGCAUCGUUUCCGGGAUUGUCGUUGGAAGGAUGGCCGUACUUUUAUCCACUCGGUCCGUGGCACGACCAUACACCGGUGCAACCGUACUACGUACCCGUACCGAUCACACCCGUCGUUGCGGCCCAACUGGCGGAAUAUCCUGGUGCGAUGUCGAUCGCGGCAACACGCGGUGCCAUCCACAUUGCGCCACUUCCGGGCCACUCGGUUUCACAGUUCCAGUACAACCUGGAUGCACCACCGGGAACGUACUAAACCACUACCAAAAAUCAAACAAAUUAACACACAUACACACACACUGUGCACUUAAAACUUAGUCAAUA